UACGCUUUGCCAGUCGUGCAUACGCGGCCGUGUUCGUGCGCUUGAUGAGUGGGUACUUUGCGACGGUGUCGAUUGUCAGGAUCCCGUGAGGGUAGGCCACUCGAUUCGCGGUGCUCAGGAUAGCCGUAUCGGUACAGGCAAGAUGGGAUUCAAAUUUCUCGAGGUGAUCAAGCCGUUCUGCAGCAUACUGCCGGAAAUAGCGAAGCCGCAGCGCAAGAUCCAAUUCAGAGAAAAGGUACUAUGGACAGCAAUCACGUUGUUUAUCUUCUUAGUAUGUUGCCAGAUUCCACUGUUCGGUAUCAUGUCUUCGGACAGCGCGGAUCCAUUUUAUUGGAUCCGUGUGAUACUCGCGUCGAACAGAGGAACCCUCAUGGAAUUGGGCAUCUCGCCGAUUGUCACUUCGGGCCUUAUCAUGCAGUUGCUUCAUGGCGCGAAAAUUAUUGAGGUCGGCGAUACACCGAAAGAUAGAGCGUUAUUCAACGGCGCGCAGAAACUGUUUGGCAUGGUCAUUACCGUCGGACAGGCUAUUGUUUAUGUAAUGACCGGAAUGUAUGGAGAUCCGACUGAAAUUGGAGCUGGCGUCUGUCUUUUGAUUAUCAUCCAAUUGUUCGUCGCCGGACUUAUCGUUUUGCUGUUGGACGAACUUCUCCAGAAAGGAUAUGGACUGGGAAGCGGAAUAUCUCUCUUCAUCGCCACUAACAUUUGCGAAACCAUUGUGUGGAAAGCGUUCUCGCCAGCCACAGUUAAUACUGGUCGUGGUACAGAAUUUGAAGGAGCUGUAAUCGCGCUGUUUCAUUUACUGGCUACUAGACAGGACAAGGUUCGAGCCCUGCGAGAAGCAUUCUACAGACAAAAUCUUCCAAAUUUGAUGAAUCUCCUCGCCACCAUUCUAGUGUUCGCUAUCGUCAUUUACUUCCAGGGCUUCCGUGUGGAUCUUCCGAUCAAAUCUGCCAGAUAUCGCGGCCAGUACAGUAGCUAUCCGAUCAAACUGUUUUACACCAGCAACAUCCCGAUUAUUUUGCAGUCGGCCUUGGUGUCCAAUUUGUAUGUCAUCUCUCAGAUGUUAGCCGUCAAGUUCCAGGGAAAUCUUAUAGUGAAUCUGUUAGGCGUUUGGUCGGACGUCGGUGGCGGAGGUCCUGCCAGAUCGUAUCCAGUCGGCGGAUUAUGUUAUUACUUAUCACCUCCAGAAUCGGUCGGUCAUAUCGUUCAAGAUCCUGUCCACGCUAUGCUUUACAUUCUCUUCAUGCUCGGCUCAUGUGCUUUCUUCUCUAAAACGUGGAUCGAGGUUUCUGGAAGCUCGGCAAAGGAUGUUGCUAAACAGCUGAGGGAACAGCAGAUGGUGAUGCGAGGUCACAGAGAUAACUCCAUGAUUCGUGAACUGAAUCGGUACAUCCCGACUGCCGCGGCAUUCGGUGGAUUAUGUAUCGGUGCUCUCUCCGUACUGGCGGACUUUUUGGGCGCGAUUGGCUCCGGUACCGGUAUCUUGCUCGCUGUCACGAUCAUAUAUCAAUACUUCGAAAUCUUUGUGAAGGAGCAAAGUGAAAUGGGUGGCAUGAGCACGUUACUCUUCUAAACUUAAUUCAUCUAUAGACUUGAAAAAGUGAACUUUUUUAAUUCUGAAGAACUGAAUAAUAAUUUAUUGUAAAGUAAGAGAGUCGGAUAGGCAGCUGUGUGUGUUUAUGUCGGAGCUCAUAGAAGGGAUAGACAAACACACUGGCGCCAGACGAAAGUUCCCUGUUGUUAUACAUAAAGUCGCACAUAUUUAACUUACCAUUGGUAUAUUGUUGAUUCUCUGCUCAAAAGAUUAUAAUGUCAAUGAUGUUUCUUAAAAAAAAAAGUCUAUAUGUGCUUCUUUUACACAGAAUAUAUUUGUGUGACCAUUGACACGCAAAUUACUGUCGACUCUAUCCUGGAAAUAAUACUAUUUUACAUUAUACUUAUGAGAUCUUUGUUUAUGUGUUAUACUGAAAAACAAAAAUGUACCCUUUAUUUUUACAUUAAAUAUUAUUGAUUCUACGCUGUGUCAAACGGUACACGAAGCAUCAACUGAUAGAGGCAAGAUACAUUGACAAAGCGUAAAAAAUAUAUAAAAUCGUGAAUAUAACGUUGAAUGCUCGCGCAAAUGCAAGCACGGGAGAUGUUCCCCAUCGUGUACACCACCGUGCUUGUAUGCAAGAUGUAAUAUCUUUCGUACAACGAGCAGAGCGUGUACAUAGUAAGAAAGUAAUUAAAUAUUUUCAACAUUUUUUACUAGUGUUUUGGGCUCUGUGACUUGACGGAGCCACGUGAAAGACUCAAUGGCGUACAAGUAAAAAAUCGCGACAUUUAUAUAUAUAAUAUAUAUGUAUGAAUUGAACCGAUUUUGCAUACGAUUAUACGAAAUAAUCAUUUCAGUUAGGACGAGACACCCACCUAGGGUAUUCGUGCAGCAAUUUUCGAACAGCGUUCGUUCAUCUUAGGUACCAUCCAUUCCUGUAUCGAUAAUAAUGCGAAGUAAAUUAAUAUUUGUUUCUUACAUAUGUAUUUAGGAGAGAAUGUGCUUUUAUAAAUAUUAAAACAUAUGUAUAUUUUUUUUUCGUCUUCCUUGUUUCAUUCCUCAUCAUCACGUUUAGUUAUGCAUAAUCUGUGCCAUGCAUAAUCUCAUCACAACUCAUUGAAUGAUACUUUCUAAGAGUUGCUGAACAAAUUUCUAUUUAUAUUAAUUGAGAAUUAUAACGGUCAAUUUCUAUCAUAUAAAAAGGAUCCAUGUAUUAUGUUACAUACUUAAAGCAGAAUGUAUACAAGGAACUAGUAAAGAUUACUUCCUAUUUUA